ACACUUAAUAAUGAAGCCGCUCUUUGUCCUGUUGGUCAUUCUGAUGAUUGGAGAUAUUUUCAUCACAGUCCAAGGCUCUUCCAUAAAAAUUGACAUCCGAAGCGAAGGCUGUAAUGAUCCAGGAAAAACGCCAAAUACAUGCGGCAGAGCAUACAUCAAGGUCAAUGACGUUGAACACGCUAAACAAGGCAGAGGGCAUAAUGUUGUUGUCGUGGAUGCGGUAACAGGAAUUGUGGAACACUCUGUGAGAUUCGACACUCAUGGAAAUAGUGACGCUGGUAACCAGUUGAAAGGCUUUCUUAACGGUAUUUCUGGAGAUAAGAUAGUCCUGGUUGCAGUCCAAGACGAGGGUUCUAGAUAUGUUCAAACAGCUUUUGAUGCUCUGACAAGGAUGGGAGGCUACGAUCUGGGCUUUCUUGACUACCGAGGAUCAUAUGCUCUUGUCGGACACCCAGGAGAUCAGAAGCCAUCUUAUGUUACACAAGUACAGAGCAAGAGUGGGCAGGGACCAAGUGUGAUCUCCAUGACAGUUCCACUUACGAUAAACGUCAUUGACGAGAGGGACGACGAAUGUGAACCCGAUACUUUUUGA